AUGGCGGUGACAGGCUGUACUUCCGGCACGGGGAAGAUUUUUGCCAGGGUCUGUGCGCAGAAGGGGGCCAAGCUUGUGCUCCUCAACCGGGACUCGCUGCGAGCGACGGAGGCCUUGCGGGAGAUCUCGGAAGUCUCGCAAGCCGCAGGCGCCCCCGAGCCAUUGGGGAUACCAUGUGACCUCACCAGCUUCAAGAGCGUGCGGGAGGCGGGCGCGAAGUUGCAGGCUGAGCUUCGCGAAGUUGGGCUUGACGUCCUCUGCAACAAUGCGGGAAUCAUGGGCUUUGGCGACAAAGCCACAGAGGACGGCUGCGACAUUCAGAUGCAGACCAACCACUUAUCCCACUUCCUGCUGACAUACCUGUGCAUGCCCUUGCUGGACAAGGCAGCUUCCUUGCGGGGCGAGUCACGGGUCGUCAACCACUCCAGCUCCGCGCGCGUAAUGGAUGGCCCAGAGUUCACCAACAAGUUGCAGGAGAAGUACCUGCAGAAGAACGGGGGCAACCUAGGCGGCAACAGCGACAAAAUCAUGCAAGGCGCGAACUUCGUCCGGUACCAGCAGUCGAAACUCGCGAACGUGGUCUUCACGUACGCUCUCCACAAGCGCUUGCAGGACUGUGGCUCCAAGGUGAAGGCCCUGGUGGCUCACCCAGGCGUUGCCCCAACCCAGCUGUCGGUGGGCACCAUGAGUGCAGGGGGCGCAUCAGAUUUAGAGCGCAUACCUGCGUGGGCAACCAAGCUCUUCUUCAAGCUAAAGUACCAGACAGAGGAAGAUGGAACAGUUGGAAUCCUCCGAAACUCAUGCGACCCUGCCGCAGAGUCUGGCGACUUUUUCGGCCCCCUGGGCCGAGGGGGCGCCACAGGAGCCUUCGACCCAUCGGAGUUCAAGGGCCCGGUGGGGCUGCUCAAGAUUUUCAAGCGGGUCGCGGCACGACCUGCUGCGGUUCUCGGCAUCUGCGUGCGCUGCAGAUUGACCGUCGCAGCACAAAGUGUUUUUUGGUUCUUGGCAUCUGCAUUGCAUGUGAACCACUACCUUGCCAUUUUCUUCAUGGCCAUCGGCCUGCAAGGCAAGGUGGAUGGCAGGCGAAACUGGCUGGUCGAGUACGACGUGCAGGACACGAACUUCUGGGACGUCUACGCCAUUUCCUUACAUUGGAGCCUCACGCAGUUUACACCGGCCACCAACAACAUCGGUGCGACCAACUCGAUUGAAAGACUGUUCGCCAUCUGCGUGGUCCUGGUUGCCCUGGCGCUCUUCUCAUCCUUCUUGAGCUCCAUCACGAACGCAGUCACGGCGCUGAGGGCUGUGCGCUUGGACUACGCCUCUCAAGAGGCCCAGAUUCGCCAGUUCUUCAACGAGCGAAAUCUUCCGGCGUCCCUGCUGGCCCAAGUCAAGGCGUUCAUGCGGCUUCGCAGCAGCGCGAUCCGCCGCGUGCUGGAGCAAGACGUCAAACUGCUGGCUGAGCUGCCAGACGCCUUGAAGAAAAAGCCACUUGGGAGUCUACGAGAAUAA